AUGCCUACCUCUCCUGCGCCGGCACUGGCACCCCCGCCCGAAGGCAUUUAUCGAUCAUUCGAAGACCUCUUGACUGCCGUACAACGAGUGGCAAAGGAUCAGGGAUACGGGGUCGUGAAGCUCCGGUCGAGCAAUUACCGCGAGGGAAAGCCGACGCGCUUCGACCUGGUGUGUGAUCGUGGAGGAGUGAAGUACAGCAGUACUGCCAAGAAGCGUAACCCAAGCACGCGCAAGGUCGACUGUCCGUGGCGUGGCAAGGCCGUGUGUGAGGUGCAGCUGGGAAAUCAAUGGCGUUUCGUCGUGCAAGAGUCACGGCAUAACCACGAACCUCGCGUGCCUACCGCACCGCCAGGGCAAGAGAACACGCCGGUUGCGCAGAGCAUUCGAAGCUUGACCAACAAAAUUGACCGCAUGACCCACGAGAUGUCCCAGGGCUUCACCAGGUUAGAGUCCCGGUUAGAAAGCAUGGAGAAGCGCAUCGAAUCGUUCGAGCAAAGUCAGCAGAGCCAGUUGAGCCAACAGAAUCAACAGACCCAGCAGAACCAGCAGAGCCAUCACAACCACAUGAUUCAAAACCGCGUUCCCAUGAUGAGCGCACCUCCUGGGAUCUUGGACGGCAGGAUGAACCAAAUGGAAGCCCGCAUGGAAGCCAUUGAAAGGGGCGGCAUGGAGAUGCAGCUGGGCGACAUGGAUGCGACGACGAGACUGCUCACGGGGUCGACCAUGUAG